CAGUCAAUGAUAAAACUACAAGACUACAACACGUCAAACCGUUUCUUCCUGCUUCUCUGUGCUCUCCAGCAUUCCUGAUCCGGCCAGGCAGCUGCUCUGACACACAAUGGAUGGUAUGGGUGCAGUUGCUGUGCACCACCUCCACUGGCAUGCCCUCUGACCUUCAGGCGGAGCAGCAGUAUAUAUAGCCGGGGCAGAUGAGGGGAAGGCCCCUGGCAGCCAAAAUGAAGUGUCUGCUGUCUGUGUGCUGCUUGCUCUCUCUGUUAGUGCUGUCUGCUGCAGAGCUCCUGGAAGGGUCCUCCAUCCAUGAUGAGGAGCCUCUGGUGCAUCUGCAGGUCCAGCAGCCAGAGGGAGACCUCUUCUCCUGUGAAUGUGACACAACAGAGGAGCAUGCCACCCAGAGCACCUCCAACGACACCCCAGCCCCAGAGAGGACCAUGUGCCAGCCCUGCACAAAAUCCCCAUCAGCUAUAGAGGCUGAGGAAGAACCAACUUCCACCUCAGAGCAGGAGGAGGAGAAGGAGGAGGGAGGAGAAGCUCCUGUGAUAAUAAGUGAUGGAGAAGAAGAAGAAGUGAUGAAGGAAGCAGAUCUCCAGGAGGAAGAAGAAGAGGCAGUGACAUCUGAGGGUGAGUCAGAGUCUGUAGAGGCAACUGAGUCUGUGGAGGAUCAAAGUGUUGAGGAGAAAGAUGUAGUUGAGGAGGUAGCUCAGAUUGAGGAACAACAGGAGACAAUUGAGGAAAGAGAGGAGGCGGAAGGGGAGGAGUUAUCCCAUGAGGAAGAGGAAGUGACUGAGCCUCAGGAAGAAGAUGUAGAAGACAAGGAACCUGCUGCUGACGCUGGAGAAACAGCUGAAGACAUGCAGGAGGAAACAGAGGCAGCAGCUCAGGAGGAAAGUGUGGAAGCUUUCAUACACAAGGCUGUAGAGGAGGAGAUUGCAGGGGCUGACUCUGAACCAGAAGCAGCACAAGCUGAGUUUCCUCAAACAGAUUCUGAACCAGAUAAAAUGGAACCAGAAGCGACAGCAGAACCUGAAUCCGAGCAAGAGCUGAUUUCCGAGCCUGAACCAGAACCAGACGUGACUUCAGAGUCAGUGCCUGAACCAGAACCAGAACUGGAGGUGACUUCAGAGUCAGUGCCUGAACCAGAGCCAGAACCAGAACCAAAGGUGACUUCAGAGUCAGUGCCUGAACCAGAACCAGAACCAGAACCAGAGGUGACUUCAGAGUCAGUGCCUGAACCAGAACAAGAGGUGAUUUCAGAGUCUGAACCAGAACUGGAGGUGACUUCAGAGUCAGUGCCUGAACCAGAACAAGAGGUGAUUUCAGAGCCUGAACCAGAACCAGAGGUAACUGUUGAGCCAGAACCUGAAGUUGUUUCAGAGCCAGAGGUGAUUCCAGAGACUGAACCAGAACCAGUGGUUGCCCCUGAUGUGGAGCCAGAAACGGUUAUGAAGGUGGUCACACCAGAAAGUGUAGAUGAGGUGUCGGAGGAGAAAGAACCAGUGGAGGAGGAUCCUGUGGUAGAGGAGACGUUUGUCGAGGAAGUGACAGUGGAAGACGUGACUCCUGAGGAGUUUGCACAGCCUCAAAGCAAAGGACAUGAGGGAGAUGUGCCAGCAGGCCCAGCAGUGAGGGACCGCUCCCACAUUGAGGACACGCUGCGACUGGCUACUGCUGAACCCUCAGUGGAGUUGUCAGCUGCUAUGAAGAAGCUGUUGAACAUUUACCACACAGCCAUUAAGCCAAUGGAGCAAGCCUUCAAGUACAACGAGCUCAGGCAGCAUGAAGUCACAGAUGGGGAAAUCACUUCAAAGCCCAUGGUUUUGUUUCUGGGACCAUGGAGCGUCGGCAAAUCCUCCAUGAUCAACUACCUGCUGGGUCUUGACAGCACCUCACAGGAGCUCUACACAGGUGCUGAGCCCACCACCUCAGAGUACACGGUCAUCAUGCAUGGUGAGAAGUCUCGGACCAUAGAGGGCAUCGUUAUGGCAGCAGACAGCUCGCGGUCCUUCUCCCCCCUGGAGAAGUUUGGCCAAGGCUUCCUGGAGCGGCUGGUGGGCAUCGAGAUGCCUCACAAGCUGCUGGAGAGGGUCACCUUCGUAGACACGCCAGGCAUCAUUGAAAACCGCAAGCAGCAGGAGAGAGGUUACCCCUACAAUGACGUGUGCCAGUGGUUCAUUGACAGAGCUGAUUUGAUCUUCCUGGUGUUUGACCCCACCAAGCUGGAUGUGGGUGGGGAGCUGGAGAUGCUCUUCAGGCAGAUGAAAGGCCGUGAGUCCCAGAUUCGCCUCAUCCUCAACAAGGCCGACAGUCUUUCCACCCAGGACCUGAUGAGGGUCUACGGAGCUCUGUUCUGGAGCAUGGCACCCCUGAUCAAUGUCACAGAGCCUCCUCGGGUGUACGUCAGCUCCUUCUGGCCCCAGGACUACGCUGCAGACACAAGCAGGGGGCUCUUCAUGAAAGAGGAGAUCUCUCUGCUGGAAGACCUCAACCAGGUGAUAGAGAAUCAGAUGGAGAACAAGAUUGCUUUCAUCCGCCAGCAUGGCAUCCGUGUGCGUAUCCACGCCCUGCUGGUGGACCGCUACCUCCAGACCUACUAUGACAAGCUGGGCUGGUUUAGUGACCCCUACGAGGUGUUCCAAGACAUCGUCAAUGACCCAGACAAGUACUACAUCUUCAAAUCCAUUCUGGCCAAAACUAACGUUAGUAAGUUUGACCUGCCUGACAAGGAGGCCUACCAGGACUUCUUUGGUGUGAAUCCAGUUUCUGGCUUCAAGCAGCUCUCCUACCACUGCAGCUGGACUGGCGGUUGUUUGCUGGAGAAGAUAGAGAGAGCUAUCUCGCAUGAGCUCCCAGCCCUACUCAGCGGUGUCAGUAAGGCCACAGACACGCCUGCCCCGGCGAAGGCCACACCGACACCUCCACCUCCACUCCCUGGCACCUGUGAGGGUCCCGGGUGUGAGGAGAAACCCAAGAAUCGCUGGAGGAGGCAGUGAGACGGAGGAGAGGGGUGCAGGGGUAGGAACAGAUGAGGCAGAUGGCAGCAGCAGCCAGAGGGUUUCUUGAAAUAAUCCCCACUGCUGUGAUUUUCAGGACUGGCUAUGGAGAGACUGAGCAGAGAGAGAGAGUCAGAGUAGAAACCGCAGAGCAAAGCAGACCUGAAUCCGAAUACGUCUUUAGCAUGUAGAGAACCAAAUGGAUGGCUUUGGCUACAACGGGACAGGUCAGAUAGGUUGUAGAUGACAGAAGAGUACAUGAGUACUAUGAUUGUUCAACGACUCUCUGGUACACAUCGUCCUAUAUGACAACCGUCUAAUAUUUAGGUAGAUCAAAGCAAACAAUGAAACAUCAGCAUUUUUUUAUUACAGUCUGGUAGAAAACAAAAUGGAGAAAAAGAGGCUUUCUUCAACUUUCCGCCUGGAGCCAGUGCUGCCAGUGCAAAAUGUCUGCAGGAGAGACAAACUUUCAAAACAUGAUUACAU